AUUGACGCAGAGGGAGGAGAGCUCGGACUGGAGGAAGCGAGGGAGGGAAGGGAGGCAGGGAGGGAGGCGGAGAAGCGAGAGGGAGAAGAGGGAAGGUGGAGCCCGUCGCGUGUGUUUGAAAACUCGAAUAAGGCGCAGCCGAGGAUCUGACCGAGGGCGUAAAGAACUGCACUGCUGCUGCUGUUGCUGCGGGGCAUCUGUGCUCGGAUCCGCCAUUCGGAGGCUGUUGCGAAAUCGUGAAGUAGCGAGUCGAGUCGAGUCUGGGGCCUUUGUAGCUUGCUUGUCGGAAGGGAGGGAGUGCGGAAGCGAGAGCCACUGUGAGGCGUGGCUCGAGAAAAGAAAUCUGUGGGUCGCCCUGGUGCAGCGUCGGGACGUGAUAAAUUGAAGCAGCGCGAGCAGGUCCAUCUGUCCGACACGCCAGUCGGGAAAUUACGUCCGCCGAGGCGUUUCCUGGAGCAAUUGUGUUGUGCAUUUUUUUCCUAGGCGAUCCGUCGUACCCUUCGCGUGGUCCUGGCUUUGAUUCAGCUCGAGGUCCAGGACGGAUAAAGAGAGCUGGGUGGCUCGUAUGCGGAUUAUGCAGAGAAGAAUGAUUUGUAACGUUCAUUAUAGGACUAGAAAUCGGAUUUUACGUGGGAGUAGUUUUGAUUGAGAAUCAGCUCAAGUGUAGACGAUCGCAGGGUGCGAUUGUCGAAGUUGAGCUGGUCGAUAGAAUCGGGCGAACAGAAGGGGAAGGGGGCAAAUGUUAUGAAGUGAAAGUACAAGGACUCUUACAUGAUCUUGCGGGUAGGCCUUGCGGUUACAUGUUCUGUAGCGGCGUUUACCGUUACCCACCUCAUCGGCAAGCGCGAGACCAACAAUCCUGACUCAGAUCGGCAGGAGAAGAAACGGCGCAAUGAUGAAUUCGAGUCGGAAACCUACGCCUUCGUUCCCGUUGACUCUGCGCCUCCGAAGGAAGAGGAGGAAGAAGUCAAGAGGGUAAACGCCAUCAGUCCAGCAGCCAGCGUCACGUCGCUCGCAUCGCUUGCGUCAUUCACGAGCGAACAAAAUGCGGAUCAGUUGCUUCUUCCUGAGUUCAAGGACCUCAUAUCAUUAGACUUGCCCCAUGAAGGGGGCGAGUAUGGGAAGGCUCGUGACGGCAAGAGGUACCGAAGGGUCCCUGGACCUCUCACCAGAAGAAGCACAGACCACGCUCCUUCUGAUGACGAUGAGCCCGUUAUCGAGGUGCCUGAAGAGUACCUCAUGGAAGAUGAAGAGGGUCGCAGAGAUUCUUCUGAUCUUUUUGAGUACGAUUUCAAGGACUACGUGGAUACGUUGGCAAACGAUGUGGAGGAGCUUGGGCAGUUGAGGAUUGCUGUCAAAGAAUUGAGGGAGAAGGAAAUGAGGAUGGAGGGUGAGCUGUUGGAGUACUAUGGCCUGAAAGAAAGAGAGAAUGAUAUCAUAUUGAUGGAGCAGGACUUGAAAAAUAAGGCCAUAGAAAUAGCUUCGCUGACCGCCAAGGUAGCUGCAAUGGAGGCGCGAGAACUUGCAACUGCUGAGAGACUAAAGAAGGAAACGUACAAUGUCGAGGAACUCAGGAAGGAAGUCGUCAACAUUGAGAACCUGAGAAGGGAAAUUUCCAGUGUUGAGACUCUCAAGAAGGACCUCAAUGAAGCGCGAGCGAAAAUCCGUGAGCUUCAAAAGCAGUUGCACAGUGAGUCCGGUCAGGCGAAGGCCGAGCUAAUCAUGCUCAAGCAGACAUUGAAGGAGCUGCAGCUAAAGGAGCAACAAAGUGAACCUAAGGAACAGAGGGAUCUUAAGAAAGAUAUGGAAAUUGAGAAGAAGCUACAACUGCUGAAAGAGUUAGAAGUGGAGGUUGUGGAACUACGGCGCACGAACAAGGAAUUACAGCACCAAAAGAGGGAACUUUUUGUCAAGCUCGGAGCUGCGGAGAACCAAAUUGCGCAAUUAUCUAAAAUUUCCGAGAGUGACUUGGUUGUUAGAGCAGAGGAAGACGCUGCGGCUUUAAGGCACGCAAACGAAGAUCUCUGCAAACAGGUUGAAGGAUUGCAGUCCAGUCGUUUUAGUGAGGUGGAGGAACUUGUGUACCUUCGCUGGGUUAAUGCUUGUUUACGAUAUGAAUUACGUAACUCCAGACCUCAAGAUGGCAAGUCCGGUGCCCUUGAUUUGAAUAAAGACCUCAGCCCAAGGUCCCAGGCACGAGCUAAACAGCUCAUGUUGGAGUACGCUGGUCCGGACGUUGAGAAGAUGCGACCGAAGGACGAAGAUGGCUACGAGAGUUCGACUUCAGAGCCUUCGAUCUCAUCCGAAUUGAGUGACUUCCACGAUCUUAGUGCUGACAGUUUUUCGGGUGCGCGGACAUCCUCUGUUAGCAGUAGCGGAAGGAAGUCACUGAUAGGAAAACUGAAGAAGUGGGGAAGUGCCAGAAAGGAGAAGGAUGGCGAUGCGCAUGACUUGGGAAGUCCCGGUUCCAGCGGUAGGAGUAGUCCUGGUCAUUACAGACAAGCUAGUGGUGGUGGGACUCCUAGGGGACCUCUGGAGUCACUUAUGCUGCGCAACCUGAGCGACGGCCCCCAUGAAAUUACCGCCUUUGGAACAAGGAAAGAUGAAUCUCCAGGUUCAGAUGGUGGAAGAUCUCCGAGCAACCUUUCAAUAACCAAGGCCGGUUUGAAGCCCGUCAAAACAAGGGAGAAACCAGAUUUCAGUGGAGUAGCAACUUCUUUCAGUCUCAUGGCUAAAACUGCAGGGCCACUCGAUGAGAAAUACCCGGCAUUCAAGGACAGACAUAAAGCAGCCGUGGAGAGAGAGAAAACGAUCAAGAAGAAGGUUGAGGAGAAGAUUGAAGAGGCAGCUGCUGCCAAGCGUACGGAGGUAGUCAAGAUGACACCCGCAGAAAUCGAGAAGAGAGCUCUCAGGGUACCUAAACCUCCUCCCAAGCCUUCGGCCUCUACACCAGCAGCCGGCCCAGCUAUUCCUAGACCCCCGGGAGCUGGAGGGCCUCCUCCCCCACCUCCUCCUCCACCUCCUCCAAGACUUCCAGGUGCUCCUGGUGCUCCUCCACCGCCUCCACCACCUCCUCCUCCUGGUGGUAAACUUGGAGCUAGUGUUGGUGGAAAUAAGAUGCAACGGGCUCCAGAAGUUGUAGAAUUCUACCAGUCUUUGAUGAAAAUUGGUGCGAAGAAGGAGCUCGCUGCCUCCGGUGGGAAUUCCGCUGAAGCAAGGAACAACAUGGUCGGAGAACUUGAGAAUCGCUCUGCGCAUCUCUUGGCUAUUAAAGCGGACGUGGAAACACAGGCAGAUUUUGUUAAAUCGUUGGCCACAGAAGUCAGAGGAGCCCAAUACACCGAUAUUGAGGACGUCGUGGCUUUCGUCACCUGGCUCGAUGAUGAACUCUCUUUCUUGGUUGACGAGCGUGCUGUCUUGAAACACUUUGAUUGGCCAGAGAACAAGGCUGAUGCUCUGCGUGAAGCCGCUUUUGAGUAUUUAGACCUUAAGAAGCUUUGUACGGAAAUAUCCACUUAUGAAGAUGACUUGCGGGUUCCAACAGAUUCUGCUCUGAAGAAGAUGUUGGCUGCUCUAGAGAAGGUCGAGCAAAGCGUGUUUGCUCUUCUUCGGACGAGAGACAUGGCGAUGGCUCGAUACAAGGAGUACAGCAUACCUACCAACUGGAUGUUGGAUAGUGGGUUUAUUGGCAAGAUCAAGCUUGCUUCUGUAAGAUUAGCUAAGCAGUACAUGAAGAGAGUAGCUUUGGAGCUGGACACUCUGGGCAAUGGUCCAGAGAAGGAGCCAGUGCGGGAGUUUUUCUUGCUGCAAGGUGUUCGAUUCGCUUUCCGAGUACACCAGUUUGCUGGUGGUUUCGAUCCCGAAAGUAUGAAAGCAUUUGAGGAGCUACGCAACCGGGCCCAUAAGAGGGUUACUCCCGAAGCAGCGGCAGAGGAGACUUGAUACACCAUCUAAACUCUACUAUGGCUGUGAGGUUUUGCCAUAUGACGUCAUCUAAUCUGAAAGGAGCUCUCCCUCUUUUCUAUUUAAAGUGAACCAGGGAGUGCUGUCUGAAUUUUUGUCUGAAAGAGUCAAUGAACGUUCUGAAAGGUAUCGUGAUCUUCUGAUGCAUGGAUGGCAUCUCGUGCCGCUUGUGCUGAAGAGGACGGGCUGAAGAUGGGUGCUUUCACUAUCGUGAGAAUCACCCAGAGCGUACACUUUGCUCAUGGAACCUGUCAUUGUUAGCUGUCCGGCCGCUUGUAGCAUAAGAAUUCUAGAGAAGUUGGCAUUUGUGUAUUUCCGCAUGGUUUGGCCGUGCCAGUUUCCUGCCCGAAUUGUCGCUGCUCUUUGUAAACUGGCUUCUGUAAGUUCACAAAACUGUCUCUCUGCUCUUCUCUCCUAUCUGCACGCAAAGAGAAAGUCAGUGACGGGAGAUAACGACAACAAAAUGACCCAUCAAUAGUGGACUCUCCCGAGUUGUUUCCUCCGAACCGUCUCAAAAAUGUGCCCAUAUUUCACAGGGAAGGGGUGCCGCUUGCAUGAUGCUAUUCCAUCCCAACGUCUUCUUAACUGUCCAUAAGAUUUUGUAUAUGAAUAAAGGAUC